AUGUGUAAGAUAGAAAUUGUGGAGAACCUGCAAAUCUUUAUUCCUGGGAGGUUUAUGCUAGAAGAGAGUUCCUCUUGUAGGCAAUACCGUGGGAGUGAAGUAGAUGGUUUCAAUAAGACGCAGCCCCUAUAUAUAAACAUGGUACGAGACCCAGUGGAACGAGUCAUCUCAUGGCACUACUAUGUCAGAGCCUUGUACAUUGUGCAUCGACUGAGGACUUUCCCUGAGAUGUCUCCUCCUCCAGAUUUUGAGACAUGCGUUCUGAAUAGAGAUGUGGAGUGUCGCUACAUCGAGGGGGCAAGCGUUCCUGGUUUUGCUCAACUUACUCAUUUCUUUUGCGGCCAACAAAAGGAAUGCAGGAAAUUCAACACGGAGGCCGCUCUGCAGAUGGCGAAGGAGAACGUCGAGCGCUACUAUUCCGUCGUCGGUGUGGUGGAGGACCUGAACGUCACCCUCGCCGUUCUGGAGCAUUACGUUCCUAGGUUCUAGGGAGCCACGGAUCUGUACUGGGUGUGCGAAAUAAAACGAUUCUCGAAGGUCAACCGGAACGCCUUCAAGCCAUCGGCGGAAAGGAUCAAGAAAUGUGUGCGAGGAAUUUUACGAGAGAAAAAUGAAUUCUACGACUUCUGCAAACGUCGCGUUGUACAACAGUAUGCUGCUCUCAGGCUUAGGGCUUGUAAA